GUAGCCCCAGGAAUGGACCGCAAGAAUGGCGCCACCCGGAACCAACCAGGACCAGGUCCGUCGACGUCGACGCGCCGAAAACUGCCCGUCAAAACAAACAUUCCCGCACUUCAGUCUCAACAGCAACAACAGCCUCUGCCUCAGCCGGUCAUUCAGCAAGAGACCAAAAUCGGGAAAGUCAGUUGCACGGCAAAGAUGGAAAACGCGAUGCAGCAGCAGCCUACAUUCGCCUCCGUGCACCGGCCCCGCCAGAUAGGCAGCACGAUGGCGGCCAUCAAGCGGACCGGAUCCGGCUCUCGGGCCGAUCUGCAGCGGCACCACCAUCACUUCCAGCAGCAGCAGCACCUUCUCCAGCAGCAACAUCAGCAGCAGCUCCAGCAAAAAUAUGGCCACCUCGUUCUUCUUCGUCAAGACGGUUCUUCCGGGGGGCAAUCGUCCUCCGCGGUGGGAAGGGUCGAUCCGAACAAUGCCGGAAUAUUUAAUCAACCGAUGCUGCUGCCACUGCCCGUCCAAAUACCUGAUCCAUAUGCUAAUGCUGCCAGUCGACAGCCAGCAGCGUUGCCCGUUCAUCAGAUCGCAUUUGAAAAGGCUGAUUAUCUGCAGAACAACGCAAAGACCGGUGUAAAUCAAAAGCAGACGACGACGACGAUGGCGGGUGGUUCUCGGCUGCCGAAACAGCAACUGCCUCUUCCGACUGGUCAGGGCAAUGGUGGUUCCAAAAUGGCAGCACCAAAGCUGCUGAUAGAUAUCUACGAGCGGCACUUGUUGAGCCAAACCGCGUUUGAUGGAGAAAAUUGCACCAACGCAGCUCCGGGCAAAGAGUCCAACCGCCGGUCCAGCACCACCCUGAAACCUCAACCCACUGCCAAAUUGAUGCCAAAGGACAAUUUAUACGAAUCGAUUCGCAGCAAUUAUCAUAUCUACGAAAAAAUCCCGGACUCCGGUCCGGCGCCCUCCCGGCGAGGCCCGCGGCUCGAGCAGUACGUUCGACCUCCACCCCCGCUUCAACCCCGGCCCAAGUCCCUGCCGGUGGGGGCGAUUCGCGAAAGCUCGACCACGGCGCAACCAAUUCCGUACAAACUGACCAGCCCGGAUGUGCUGCGCGCCAUGAAGAGUCCCAUCGCGGCGAAUCUGUCGCCGAUUGCGGAGAAACCUGGCGCAGCAGGUGCAACGGCGGUGCCCGUCUAUGGGGGAGGGGGAGGAGCGGCGGAGGGAAGGGGUGGGCACCACAAUAAAUCUGCUACCGUUACGGCGGAUCGGAUCAACAUUGCGCUGGAGACGGCCAAAGCGUUCGCGACCGCGGCGUACAUCGAAAGAGCCGCGCAACGUCUAGCUUCGGGCAGUGUGAUCCAGCAACAAUCCCAGCAGAACCACCAACAACAGCAGCAACAAUUGCAGCAACACAGCACCAACAGCAAGAUGAGUGAGGCCACCGUGGGUGGGUUCUGCGGUGCCAUCCAGCGGACGGCCCCACCCGUGCCGGCCGGAUUGGCCCGACGGAUGGCCAACCGGGAGUUUGGCGGACUGGGCAAGGUCAAAGUAAUGCUCCGAGUUUCGGAUGACCCUCCAAAGCCGCCCACGACACAGCCCUCCGGUCAAGAGGAACCGACGCCCACGCCCACCCCAAGCUACCUGACGGUGGACAAGAAGAAGCGCCAGGUGACGCUGUGCGAGCCCCAGUCGGGACUGGCCGCUGCCGUGGCCGCCGCAGCCGCCGGAAGCAAUGCGGCCACCGUGACCCAGGAACGGGGCCCAAUGGUAUCGGCGCCGAAAAUGUUUGCGUUCGAUGCAUUAUUUACGACCGAGGACUCACAGCACGAUAUCUGUGGAAGUGCCCUAUCGGAAGUGAUACCAGCGGUGCUUGAAGGUUCGGACGGAUGUUUGCUGUCACUUGGUUAUCCUGGAGCUGGACAAUCACGCACCAUGUUCGGCACGGUCCCGUCCGACCUCGGUGCCAUCCCGUGCGCGAUCGCCUGGCUCUACAAGGGCAUCAACGAGAAGCGCCAAAAGUCAGGUGCCCGGUUCUCCGUCCGCGUCAGUGCCCUCGGCGUCAACGCCACCAAGCCGGGCUCCUCUUCGCGGGAUUUGCUGGCCGGCCACGCGACAGAAUCCGACGACUCGCCCGGCAUGUAUCUGCGGGACGACUUCCUCGGGCGGCCCACCGAACUGCGCGCCCCCACGGCGGAGCGGGCCGCCCUCUUCCUGGACCUGGCCCUGUCCGGGCGGGCCCAGGGCAGCAGCGGCAGCUUCGAACCGGCCCUUAUUUAUACACUGCACGUGUACCAGUACAGUCUGUCCGGCAAACGGGGAGUGGAAGGUGGCCGAAGUCGGUUGCACCUCAUCGAUCUGGGUGGUUGUGCCAACCGGACGGGCGGGCUCCCACUGUCCGGCAUCGGGAACGUCCUGCUGGCGAUUUUGAGCGGCCAAAAGCAUCCCCCAAACCGGGAUCACCCGUUGACGCCCCUGCUGCGGGACUGUCUGGCACCGUUGACGUGCCACGUGGCCAUCGUGGCACAUGUGGCGCACUCACAGACCCACACCGACACCCUGACCACGAUCCAGCUGGCGUCCCGCAUCCAUCGGUUGCGCCGGCGGAAACCUCGCCACCACCUGCUUGUAGACCGCGCCGCCGGUCUGGCCGCAGGGUCUUCCGGUCACCAGUCGGGUGGCUCCUCCGAGGGUCCCGAUCCGUCCAGUUCGGACUUUUCGCAGGACACCGUCAUCUACGUCGGACCCUGCGAUGACCCCACCGACGGAGAACACCCUCCGGUCUACCUGCCAAGUCUCAACUCCGGCGAUCAGCGAUGCGCCAUGAACAAGGCGCUCAAAGGUUCCGCCGCGGAGAAACCCAAUCCCUCUCCCCAGAAAAAGAAAGCCUCCGCCACUUCCGCCUCCACGUCCAAAGGAGGUAAGAGUGAAACCCUGCCCUCUCCGUUGCGGAAAGCUCCGUACAAAACUGACACUUCCCUCCUUGCAGCCCAAUCUUCCGUCCCAGCCCCUAUCCCUUUGACGCGAACCGACAGUCUCAAGCGGAACCAGUCGGCGUCUGCCGCCGGGGGUCAACCGGAUAUGGUUGCCAGUGCAAUCCAGAUCGCGGCCCAGCACGCAUCCCCCAAAAUCGUGGCCGGAGCCUUUAAGCAUGUGGUCGGCGUUAGCAAGGGCUCCAACAUUCCAACGCCGAAGGGCUCUCCGAUGAGGCGGCCCGCCGCAGCCGGAGCCGCCUCAGCUUCCGGAACCAAUCGGGAGAGUCCCUCGCGACAGGUUGGAGAGGAAAAGUGGAUCGACGGUCCGCGGAUGUCCAAGUCGAAGGUUCACGAAGCGAGACACUUCCUGAGGGAGAUCAACCACGUCAAGAACCACGAAACGUGGAUCGAUGGACCUAAAACCGCUAGCGCAACGCAGGUGUUCCUACCACCGGCGGCGCACAGCAACCAAAGUUACGGCUUCAUGGACAACCACAAAAAGUCCAUGAUCCGGCAGUGGGUUGAGAACCAAUCCAUCCAGCUGAUGCAAUCCGUGUCGGCCAACAACUCCCCGGCCCACAGUCGUCACCAGAGCUACAACCCGCCCCGCUUCCGGCCAAGCAAAUCCGACGAAGACGGAUUCGUGCUGGAACUUGAACGCCAGGAAGACUUGGUCAACCCGAUAGCCUUCCGCGGGUUCACCGCGACCAGCGGCGUCGUCAACAGCUCCGAAAGCCACGUCCGCACAGGACUCAAACAAGCCUACAGCCUAGACAACCCAGACACCGCACCGCAACCCACGUACGCCACCGUCACCCCACGACCCGCUCCAGACCCUACCCCCGCAACCACCUGCCCUCCCCCAACCGACAAUCACUCGGAAAAGUCCCACCCAGCCAGCGAGAAACCAGCCGCCGCCGCCAGCAGCAAACAGGACAGCCAAGAGGAAGAGGACCAGGACAGCGGUCCCUCGGAGGUGCCCCCAGCCCUUCCCCUGCUGGACCCGCUCGGCUCGAGGGAAAUCUCCCACGAAAGCAUCCACCGGUUGUGCUCGCGGCACGGCUCCAGCGUCCACAGCAGUCAGCACAGCAACCUCGGCAUGAUGGACUGUGGGCUGCAGGUCACCGAGGACGACAUUGCGCGGACCAUGAUGAUGGGAGGGGGUGGAGUUGGAGGGUUUGGGGGAGUGGGAGCGAUAGGAGGGGGAGAGCAUCCGUUGAGUGCGCUCAGCCAUGGCGAUGUCUCGGUGGUGUCGUCGAGUUUCAACGCGGCAGCUGCAGGAGGUGACGCGUUCAGCGAUUGCGUCAUCGGGGAGAGUAUGCGCAACCAAUUCGACCAACUGGCCCGGCUCCGCGAAAUCUUCACCUCCCAACUCGCGAUGGCCGAGGUAACCCCGGUUGCCUUCCGGCUCGGCGACGCCGGUUCCGUCUACAGCGAACCCGCGUACCGUCUCAACACGGGACCCGCCAGCGUUUGCAGUGAACCCGCGUACCGCCCGCCGAGUCCACGCUGCCGUGACUGCCGACAAUCGCUCAGCCUCUCGCGAACCCCAAGCCAAAGCUCACUGCCCAGUCUGACGGGGAUAGUGGCCAUCGCCGGAAUGGAGCAGUACGCCUCGUUACGACACCCGGACGGGGCUUCCGAUCCGAACCUCCCCAAACUCGAGCAGGAGGACCCCACGGGACUGCUGCUCGACCCGGAGGAACACAUCCGCGAGAACCCGCUCGCAGACCUGGACGACCACGAACAGGACCACCUCCUCAAAGGAAGCGGCGCCUCGUUGCUUCCCCAGCAAACCCUGCCAACGUUGCCACUGCUCCCCCUCUCCACUCCGGAAGCGUACGACAGCGGUCACGACUCGACUCCGCGAACCUCCAAACAUUCCGGCAUCUCGCGCCGAGCCGAGAGUGGAUACCACAGCGUGGGGACCGUCCGCGACAGUGACGAAUCCAGCUUCGGAUCGGCCGCCUCCCGGGCCGUCCAAAAGUCCAAGAAGAACCGCAACCGAACUGACAAAUCGCUGUGCCACUGGCUGAGGAACCCCUUCAACUGUACCUACCCGGACACCGAGGGGGACGUCAGCGACUUCUAGGGUUAGGGUAGGCUGGAAGGUUAAGGGGGGGAUCUACUGUAGCUUAAUUCUUCGUUAGCUCUGUCUGUUUUUUUGAGUUUUGCGCCGUUGUCUGUUAGAAGGGAGAAAAAAUAACGUGUUUGAAGGUGGAAGACAAUAAAUGUGAGAUGCUGCAGCGGAGAAGUACUUGGGACUAAAGUUUAUUCCACGAAAAAGAUAAAUAACAGAUUUAAAGUUGAACGGAAGCUUGCAGUGCGCGCGCUUUUCCGCAAUUGCUGCACGAUUGUUUUUUUGGAACUGCCUGAACUGUCGAGUUUAAGUUUGGAGCGUAUCGCGUACACUAAUCACAACAAAAUUGGAAGACUAUCAUCAAUCUAAAAGAAUGAAAGGAAAAGCUAUCGACGUUGCUUGCGUUGUUUGUACAGAAAGGAUGGCUUUGUUGGGAAGCAAGUGGAAGAAAUGGAUGUGCAGCGCUAUUGAUCGUUACCUUUUAAUGCUAUUAACCAACUAUGGCUGUUUGUGUUGAAACUUAACCCAUUCAGGCCUGAUAAGAAAUAUAUGACCCAAAAAUAAAAAUUUCAAAAAUAGCCUUAAAUUUUCGUAUGGUCCUCAGGAUCAUUUUACCAUCAUUAGCAUUAGCAUUAGCAUUAGCAUUUGGAGGACGCCCCACCACCGGAAGG